AUGCCCAUAUCACCCCCCUCAUCACGUGAAGAAUUUAAGAUUUCGAUAAUUUGCGCACUUACGUUAGAGGCCAAGGCUGUACUGCCACUAUUCGAUUCUAAGUACGAUGAAAACCUCGACAAGUAUCGAAGGGUUCCUGGCGAUACGAACGCAUACACGUUGGGAAACAUCGGAAAAUACCAUGUGGUACUUGCGCACAUGCCAGGACCCGGAAAAGGCUUUGCAUCCAGCGUGGCGAGCAAUGUCAAACGAAGCUAUCCGUGCAUAGAACUGGCUCUGGUAGUCGGCAUAUGUGGGGGCGUUCCUCAUGUAAGAGACUCGAUGUCGCUGCAGGAUGACAUUUUUCUCGGAGAUGUGAUAGUCAGUAAUGGUGUUGUUCAAUACGAUCUGGGGCGCCGCAUUCCUGGUGAUUUCGUUCGAAAGAAUACCGUGCACGCCAAUCUUGGGAGGCCGAGCCCAGAGAUACUUUCAUUCCUGAACAAGCUAGAUGUCGGCUAUGACCAGUUGACCCAUCGAUUAGCUUCUUACCUGGUGCUUGUUCAGGAGAAGUUCCCAAGCGGAUACCCAGGACUCGAGAAAGAUCUACUUUUCAGUCCCGACUACGAGCAUGAACGAGAUAAUUGCAAAUGCACUGAGGUAGCCUGUUGCGAUGAUACCGUCAUCGUGCGCCGUCGGGAUAAUACUCAGAAUGAGCACACAACACUUGUUCAUUUUGGCCUCGUUGCAUCCGGAGAUACAGUCAUGAUGUCCGCGCAUGACCGCGAGCGAAUCUCCGAAGAGGAAAAUAUUAUUGCCUUUGAGAUGGAAGGUGCAGGUGUCUGGGAUAAUCUCCCAUGUAUUGUGAUCAAGGGUGUCAGCGACUACGCGGAUAGUCAUAAAACGAAGGGAUGGCAGCGUUUUGCAGCGGCAAGUGCUGCAGCGUGUAUGCGAGCGGUUCUCGAUGAGAUACCUGUACCUUUACCAAUUUCCUCGGCUGGGCCAUCCAAUACUACGGAAUUGAGCGAGUCGAUCUCACAAGAAGACUUGCAAGAAGACUUGGAGUUUUACCUCGGAACAUUAACAUUCCCGCGGGAUGAACUUCGCGUUGAUGAAAUAUCAUCAGCUCAUGAGAAGACAUGCGAGUGGAUGAUGAGACAUCCUGAAUACUUAAAAUGGACCAGUCAUGUGGAGUUACCAAUUCAUGGGGGCUUCUUCUGGAUCAAAGGAAAGCCGGGUGCAGGGAAAUCGACCAUGAUGAAAUAUCUACUUUCGAAAACCGAAAGGAUGCUCGGAGAUACAGUCAUUCUCUCAUUUUUCUUUUACGCCCAGGGGACGUUCUUGGAAAGAUCUAUCAUAGGGAUGUAUCGAUCGCUCUUGCACCAGCUUUUGCUUUCAGAGAGAAUUUCAGAGAAUUCUAUGAAGAGAUUCUGGAAGUUAGCAAAAAGCCUUGGAUCUCCAAAGGACGAGAUUGAAUGGACAAAAAGAGACGUGAAAGGCCUUUUGUCCCUGACAAUCAAGUCUUUGAAAGGCUGUCAAAUAGUUAUAUUGAUUGAUGCUGUCGAUGAAUGUGAUCAGAAAGAAGUCGAGGACAUGAUAUCUUUCUUCCAGGAGCUAGGGAAAUCUGCCAUCGAACAUGCGGUCAACAUGAGAGUCUGCUUGGCAAGCCGACACUAUCCACGGAUAUCCCUUGAGAAAGGAAUCGACUUAAUUCUUGAGGAUGAACAGGAGCACGAAAAUGAUUUAAAGAAAUACGUUCAAACUAAACUCAAAGUCAGCAGUUCUAAACAGGCCCAGGAGAUCAGGGAUACGAUCAUCAAAAGAGCAGCGGGGGUGUUUUUAUGGGUCAUGCUGGUUAUUCGUUUAUUGAACCGGGCUUUUGAUAAAGGCGAAAUCGAUACAAUGAAGGAAAGACUUAACCAGAUACCGGAUGAACUCGAUGAUCUCUUCACUGAUAUUCUGACGCGAGAACAAGAAGACAAAGAAGCUCUGAUCUUCAGUCUGCAGCUACUUUUAUUUGGAUUUGAGAGGCUUGUCACAGAUGAGUUCUAUUUCGCACUCUUAUUUCAGAAAUCAGGUACUGCUGAGGAGGAUAUCGAUCUGGAGCUGCAUUCACUUGGAUUCAUGAGCCGUCGCAUACUCGAUGUUACCAAAGGACUGACUGAGAAUAUCACAACAAAAAAUUCACGAGUUCGCUUCAUCCAUGAGUCUGUUAGAGAUUUCUUGCUGAAGAGAAAUGGCUUCGCGAGAAUUCUGUCCGAAAAGCUUGAUCCCCAAAGGUUCAUCGGAUGCUCCCAUAGCCGCCUUGCAGAAUUUUGUUUCGAUUACGUUUCUGCAGUGAACCGCUCACAGCCCGGACAUAAGCAAGCCAAACUUUCAAGUUGUUUCGAUUGUGUUUCUGCAGCGAACCACCCACGGCCCUGGCAUGAGCUACAGAUAGAAAAAACCUUUGGAAUCGAACUUGAACCCACCAGGCCCCCCCUGUGA